GUGCAGUUACCAGGCUGAGAGAGUGACUAGACCAACUGGGAAACCCUCCUUAAGGAACCAUGACCACCCGGCACAGCAUCCAGCUAAUACUCGUGAUUUACUUCAACAACACGGUGACACAACAUGGAGGAGAGGCAACACAUUGUGGGGACGGAUAUUACCUUGGAACAAACAGGACUUGUGUCGAUGACAAUGAGUGUGGUGAAAAUGAAGCUGAAUCAUCCGCCCUGUGUGGUACCAACACAGUGUGUCACAAUACCAUCGGGAGUUUCUACUGUACCUGUAAGAAAGGAUACGCCAGUGAAUCAGGAGAAACUAACUUUACCACCAUGAUACACUGCCGAGAUAUUGAUGAGUGUGAGACAGACCUGUGUGGUUCAAAUGCAACGUGCACCAACACGAUUGGAAGUUUCAGUUGCACGUGUAAUGGAGGAUUUGUCUCAACCCUUGGAGGGAAUAAAAAUGUCACACAGCCCUGCAUUGCAGAUAAAGAUGAAUGCCAGGACACAGUGGCGGCUUGUGGGCAUAACGCCAGCUGUAACAACACAAUGGGAGGUUUCAAUUGUACCUGUGAUGCAGUCUUUGCCUCAUCCACUGAAGGAUCUAACAGAGCGAUUAACUGUCAAGACCUGACAUUGCUUCGGCCGAGAUCUUCAUCUCUCCAGGAUAUCGAUGUGUUUACCAAUCAGUAUUUCUCAAGCCUUUCGAAGAUCGAGGACAGACAUUCAGAAAUGUUCCGCAAACUGGUUUCCAACUUCCUCGAGCAGAUGGAGAAACACACCCUGGCACUUGCCAACACUUUAGGUCAUGAAGAGAUGAAGAACUUCUCAACUAAUGGGUUCGAUGUCAACAUGCAAGCUAUCCGGAACAGCACAAUCCCGAAGGGCGGAAGGACAAAGUUAUCCACUUCCAGGAACAGCAUGGAUAUUAGCUGGAACAAUGUGGCAGGGAAGGAGAAGUUUGAUGUUGCUGCCGCUGCCCUUAUUUCAUACAAAGAGCUGGACUCCCUGAUGAAAGACAACCAGCUGGACAGUGGCGAGAAGCUCGAGCUGAUCUCCGAAGUUGUCACUGCGGCAGUAACCAAUAAGGUCAAGGAGAACCCCAAUGAUCCAGUCAUCCUGACCUUUGAAAACAAGAAGCACUCUAACAAGAAGGUGAAGUGCGUCUACUGGGACAGCUCAGUGGCUGCCUGGUCCAUCCAGGGCUGCAGUUUGAGGGAUUCCAACGUCACAGUCACCGUCUGCAGCUGUACACAUCUGUCGAGCUUUGCUGUGCUCAUGGCCCUGCACGAUAUUGGGGAGAUUCACAGUUUCAAUCUACACGUGAUCACCACAGUCGGCAUCAUUUUAUCACUCGUGUGCCUCUUCAUUUCGAUCCUCACAUUCAUCUUGUGUCGUUCCAUCAAGAGUGUGAGGACCACUAUUCACACCCACCUCUGUGUGAGCCUGUUCCUGGCUGAGUUCUUGUUCCUCGUUGGGAUAUCUCGGACUGAAAACCAGACCAGUUGUGCUAUCAUCGCUGGACUCCUGCAUUACCUGUUCCUGGCCUGUUUCUCUUGGAUGCUCCUGGAAGGUAUCCAGCUCUACCUCAUGGUGGUGAAAGUGUUCAAUGCAAACAGCAUGCGCCUGAGGUACAUGUGCCUGUUUGGCUACGGCUUUCCCCUGCUGGUGGUCACCAUCUCAGCCGUUGUGUACUCUGAAGGAUACGGGACAGACAGAUAUUGCUGGUUGAGCCUGAAGUCAGGUUUCCUGUGGGCUUUCAUUGCUCCAGUCUGUGUCAUUAUUCUGGUUAACACAGGAUUCUUCAUCCUUACUGUAUGGCGGCUCGUCAAUAAGUUUUCCAGCCUUAAUCCCGAUAUGAGCGAGUUGAAGAAAGUCAGGGCCUUCACGUUCACGGCCAUCGCUCAGCUCUGCCUCCUGGGAUGUACCUGGAUAUUCGGAAUGCUGCAUUUCCAGGAGAACACCAUUGUCAUGGCCUACAUCUUCACCGUCAUCAACAGCCUGCAAGGAGCAUUCAUCUUCAUCCUGCACUGUCUCUUCAACAAGCAGGUGAGGGAUGAAUACAGCAAGGCCUUCAUCAGAGUUUGCCAAAUGAAGAAAGCAUCUAAAUACUCUGAAUUUUCGACCUUUUCCACCCAGGGCUUGAAAAGCACAAACGAAACAGGAAUGUGAAGGGGAGAACACGUGGUCACACACUGAGCUAGCAGGAGAGCUGCUUAUUUUGGUGCAAUCGAGAGACAGUGAGAGAGCCAUUGCACUGACUGACUCUGCCUGGAACUGAGAGGGUCUGACUUGUCCCGCUCCUGCUGCCCAGUUUUCCCACAGCCUCUCUGUUUCAACGUGGUACGAACUUUCAAUGGAAGAGAGUUCAAUGGAGUUUGGGUGGGGGGGGUGGGUGCCACUCCUAAAUUCCGAAAUGUUCUCACCCACUGGGGUGCAUUUGCUUCCAUGGGCAUCUUUCGCAAUGGGCUUGUACAACUCUGAGGAUUUGGCCUCACUGCACAAUAACGAUGCUGCGGUGGAUUAUACACCAUCUUCUCCCCUUAAAUGGAUCCCCCAGGUCGUGAAAGGGCUCUUGCUCCCUGGGCUGCUGUGUUAAAGGUGAAAUGUGGCUGGUGGGGGUAUUUUCAAUCUCGUUCACACUCCAAUUGCCCCCACGAUAAUUGUCCCAAUGAUCCGUCAGUCCAUGGUUUUCUGAAGCAUCCGUUGGGUGAAGGAGGUUUUGCCAAACGCAGAGCUCUGUCUGAUCCUGGGCACGAUUGUGGUGCAGUCUGUGAAAUCAGACAGGGCCCCACACCGAGAGGAAAAAAAUAUACCCUGGUUUUGACUCAAGCCAAGUCUCUUCAGUUUUCCAAUUUCGUUGCAGUGCACCUUUGGAAUUGAGCCUGGAAUCAGCUGGGGAAUCUCGGAAUCAGUGCCAACCCAGCUCACUGGAAGCUUGGCAAAUCCUGUACCAGCUGAGUCUGGUGCCAAGGGGCAGGCAGGGUAUCGCCUGAGGUUUUCAAACCCAGUCAAACCCUUUCAUUUGCAUCAUGUGCUUUUCGAUAUUAGCCGAGGAAGUGCCUUCAGCUUUAUUUGUUUUCCAUAAAGCUCUUUGUUUUGUUCGGCUUUCGGACUUGCUCUGUCCCAUGUGCAUUCUGAACAUUUAACAUGUAAGGCAGGUGGACGGGCACCAACCUAGAGUUCACCAUCUACAGACAUUGGCACCAUUGGAUGGUGUCACAAGGUGGUUAGCACAGGGCUUGGCCCCUCUGUACCGUCUGUUCAGACCUGGGCACAGGUACCUUCAGUCAUGCAUUGGCAGGUUGAGAACCCAAGCUGGGGCUUAGCAAAGUGACACUUGAACCACGUGGCAUGGGGUGGGGUGGGGAGGGAAUGGAGUCAGCACCAUCCCUUGGCCAGGAUACCCAUCUAUCCUGGCAUUACCACUCGUGGAGAAAGUGAGGACUGCAGAUGCUGGAGAUCAGAGCUGAAAAUGUGUUGCUGGAAAAGCGCAGCAGGACCACUCCUGGCCCUGUUACA